AUGGGGAGCCACCCCAUCUCUGGCCUCCAGAAAACCACAUCAGUCGGGUGCCGGCUGCCCUCCCCCAGGCCACCAGCCCUAGUCUCCCCCACCGCCCGGCGUGGCCCUGUAGCGGGCAGGAGAGCCGCGGGUGGCCUGGCCCCCCGGGCUGAGCCAGAGGCCCUGGCAGCGGACGGGGUGCAGCGGGACCAGCUGUGGAGGGAGCUCCUGGAGGCCGAGCAGCGGAGCCAGCAGCGCUGGGCCCAGAACUGGAGUUUCCUGAGCGACUACGACCCCAUGGGCAAUAAGAAGGAGCCCGUGAAGCUGCCGGAGCACGUGCCUCUCUGUUCCGACACUGUCCCCCAGUCCACGAACCGGACCGUGGGCAGCAGGCUGGACACGCCUCUGGGGAGAACCCUCAUCGGCCUGGACUUCCUCUUCGUGGAGGGCGUCUGGAAGAAGAAGCUGGAAGACGAGCUGCAGCCCGUCUAG